UAUUGUCAUCCAUGAUAGACCAUCCCGCGUCCUGGAGCUGGCGGUGGCGCGCAGUGGCGGUCGUCGCUGCUACAGCCUGCUCCUUGGCUGUCGCCUUGCCAGCCGUCGUGAGGUUGCCAGGCCGGCUGAGCGCCCAAUUCUCCACCCACACGGCGGCAGCUGCCGCGGCAGGACCAACCACUGCUUUCGAGGAUGGAAGCUCCGCCGCUGCAACGCCGGGGCCGUUCAACAAAUCCACGCCACACAGUGCGUCUGGCUACGCCGCGAGAGGGUUCGGGAGCUACGGGUGGGAGCAGCCGUCGUGGGCUGCGGCAAUGCAGCAGGAGGCCAAAGCGGCCCAACAAAACGCGCUGAGUAGCAGCCCCGUCGGUGGGCUCGUAAACAGCGCGAAAGAGGCGGCGUCGGCGGCGAGCGCGGCCUCGGCCGCUGCGGCCGAAAGCGCGAAGCAGCAGGCCAGCAAGGCGAGCGCAGCGUCUGCUGCCGCAGCCGAGAGCGCCAAGGAGCAAGCCGGCAAGGUGGCGCAAAAGGUGGGCCUCUUUGUCCCUCUGCCGCCAGCCAAACCGCCUAGCCCGCCUUCGCCGCCGGCACCGCCGGCGCCGCCGCCGUCAUCGCCGACCGCGUACAACCAGUUUUUGCACCUGCUCGACCUCGCCGAGGCGGAGGCGGCACGGCGGGCCGCCACCGGCAGCGGGGACGGCGGCGGCGGCGGAGGUGGUGGCGUCGCGGCGACCGCGGGAGACGCCGCGGGGGAGGCAGAGGGCGGGGCAGAGGGAGGCGGCGGAGGGGCGGUCGGCGGAAGGGGGCGGAGGCCCUUUGCGUUUGUGGUCUCGGGCGGCGGCUUCCGCACGAUGACGGCGGGCAUGGCCUUUGCGCGCGCCCUCAGCAUCGCCUUCGACGAGGAGACCAAGGCGGCGGAGGAAGAGGCAGAGGCGGGGGCGGAGAGGCCGGGAGGGCGGCAGUGGGACGACGUGACGCAUAUUGGUGGCAACUCGGGCGGGCAGUGGUUCGCGGUCCCCUUCGCCUUCUCGCGUUCCUUCUACCGCAGCCUCACCGCGCGAAACGACUCGCUCGCGGCCGAGGCGGAGGAGGCGGCGAGAGGGGAGGUGGACUGGGCGGAGGAGCAGCCGACGGACCGGGCGGCGGAGACGGCGGCGGAGACGGCGGCGGAGACGGCGGCGGAGGUGGUGGAGGAGGUGUCCAAGGCGUUGGCGAAGAGCAAGCCGCACUACGACGAGCACGGCUACCGCGAGAUAGGCGAGAUCCUGAGCGAGUGGGGGCGGCGGUACUCGGACGAGCUCUUCCGGAUCGGCGGGCUGGGCGCCGCCUCUGGAGUGUCGUGGGGGGAGGGGCAGGGAGUGUGCCCCCUUCACCUCGCCGCGUCGCGUGCAGGCAUCGUCUCCACCUCGCGCUGCGACGAUCUCAACUCGCUGCUGUCGCGCGUCUCCGAGCACAUGGACAUGAUGUCCUUCCCCACCGCCAACUGGCGCACCUUUGUCGACGCCACCCUCUCCGCCACCGUCCGACACGAAGAGCAGCUCAGCUACGCGGCCGAGCGGGCGGGCCUCACCGGCGCGUCCCUCGUGCAGCAGUUCUCGCUGCCGCCAGACACGUGGCUCGGCUCGACGCCGCGAGAGGUGGUGGCCCGCGUCCCGCCGCCAGGCUAUUCUGCAGACGCCACGCUGCCCGUCGCGCACGUCGACGCGCCCGCCCAGGACGACGGCCGCUCCUUCCGCGGCUUCUUCGCGCCCGGCCUCGACGCGCACGGCGACGCCGUCACGCUGCGCCAGGGCG